UUUAGCUUUUUUUCGCUCUCUGUCACUUCAUUUUGUUCCCCUCGCAGUGUUGCCAGCUCGGCCGUUUUCCGACCAAAUAAUAUACGCAAGACGGUAAUGUGUAUCCUCCAGUUGGGUAGAUGGAGCUCGAUAUAUAACAAAUCACAGACCCAGCGGCAUGGACAUUAUCCCCCGGCCGCAACGCGUCCGGCUUGGCUACCAAAAUGUUCCCGGCGGCGGCCUCAACCCGGAAAAGUUGGUGGCAACACUGGAAACGUAAUGCGACGCGACAAUUGCAGUUGCGGCGGCCAAGAACGAAAUUUGCAACUGCUGCUUCUGCUAGUCCGCGCGACAAUUGAUAACACCUGCUUUUGUGAUAUACGCGAUUCGCGUGGCUGUGCGGCAAGACUGUUUGAUCGGCGAUACGGAACAAAGUUAUUGUUUUACGAAUUUUCAAUAGAAUUUCUUCCUCAAGAAUUUUCACUGAAAAUGUAUACAGUGUGACCGUAAUAUGACCGUCGAAAUAUACCACCAACUAUGUAUAUACUGGGAGCGAGUGACAGAAUAUACCAAAUAUCUAUCGAUUAGUAUCGAUAGGCAGCUGAAAAUAGCACUUGGUAUUUUGUUUUGUCGUUCUGACAUUAGUGCAGCGCGGUCACACCGGCCAAAAUAAAAAAAAAUCAGAUUGCAAAAUAUUUGCCUACUACUUCAGCAGGAACAACAACGGGUCUUAGAUGUAGCACAUAAGAAGCAAUUAAGUUUAAAUUUAAACUAAAACUAGAAGAUAAUGCUUGGAUAAAUGUAAAUAAGAAGAUACAGGAGGAGACAAGCAUCAGACAAACAUUGAGGAGGCAACGGAAAGGAAUUUAAGAAAGGACAAACGGAAGGACGUGCAUUAAUUAAUAAAAAAAAAAUCAUCAAACAACGCUCGGCUGGACAUUCAUCCUGAUUAAAUCCGGGACUAGGUCACUGCUGCUGCUGCUGCUGCCACUAAUAUGCGUGUAAUCGCGCCGCGUAGAUCGUCAACGUCAGCGGCGGGCACCGGCAGUCUCUACGGCACAUCGUCGUCGUCGUCCGGCGGCAGCGGCUCAGCCACCGGCUCAGCUAGCGGUAGCGCGGUGGAUCGGUCCAGCGUCGGGGCCACCACGAACGGAUAUUCGCGGUACUCGGGCAGCUACGAUCGCGGCAGCAGCCUCUCCAAGUGGCUGCCCACGUCCGGUGGCUCCUCCUCAUCCACGUCCACGUCCGGCUACGGUAGCAGCUAUUACCCCAGCUCAUAUUCGGCGUACUCCUCCUCUGCAAGCCAUUCAACCUCAGGAUCAUCGUAUGUGCCGCGCAGCAGCCUGCAAAGGAGCAGCGUAGGAUCAACAUCGUCGUCGUCGUAUCUGAGCGGUGGUUCCGGAUCCACAGCGUCCGCCUACCGCACAACCAGCUCUUCGUCGUAUCUGAGCGGCUCCAGUUAUGAUUCACCUACGUACAGCCGAUACGGAUUACCGCGCAAAACAUCAUCAAAGAUCACCUCGAAUGGCGAUAGCUUGAGCGGAUCGGCGGCCAAGAGGGAUGACUAUGUCAGCCGGCGAGUAUAGCGGACUCCGUCUCCCUCCACCGCCAAGAAGCCGCCGAUAAGCGGCGGCGGCGCUGGAGGAAGUAACUCCUCCAGUAAUCACACGGAGACCAAUGGCCAUGGCGGCGGCAAGCUAUCUUCAUCAUCAUCAUCUGGCAGCCGGUUGUCCAGUUCAUCUUCAUCCCCAUCGCUGGCCCGCCUGGUGGCCACCUCCGGACUGGAUAUGUACGAAAAGUACAGUCCGGCCAACUAUAAACCCAACUGUGAACUGUCACGUUCCAGGUCGGGGCAUGCUGAGCAGGAGCUGGAGAAUGGAAGUGGCGGCGGCAGUGCUACACCCACCGAGACGGUGACACUGGAUCGGCCGCGUAGCAGCCGGUAUAGUCGCCUCUACAGCAACAGCAGUGAUGCGGGCGGUGAGGUCACGACCAGCUCUGGAAGACUUGGAACGGGCACGGGCACAGGGACGACCUCCCGGAGCAGUAGCGGCAGCAGGUAUUCGAUAAACAAUAGCAACAGCAGUGGGGAUGUGCCCACAGCCACCUUUACACUACGCAGCAGUCGGACGCGUCGCAGUCAGGCGGAGGAUGUCACAGCCAAGGCAACAGCAGCAGCCACAGCUACACUUACGGCCACACCACCACCUCCUCCUCCGCCGCCGCCGCCGCCGCCUCCAGCCUCAACCAAUGGUCACAAAUCGUUGGGGGAGAGAGGAGAGACCAAUGGCGGUGGACUGGAGGCAAAGCUAAAUGGCCUAUCGCUGCUCUCCACUUCGCCGAAGCGGAAUGCCAUCUAUGAGAGCCGGAGUGGGAGCAAUCUAAGGAACCAGGAUACAACCGAUGAUGCUGGAAUCUCUGCUCCCAGCAGCGGCAAUGGCAAUGGCAAUGACAAUGGCAGCGAUGCCCAGGCGGAGGUGGACAAUGGAGAUGUGAGCACCACGGCCACAUUUAAGCUAUCAUCCUCAUCCGCCGACAGCAAGCUAAACUCUUGCAGUGAUUGCGCCCUGUUCUAA